UAAUAUGAUUGAGGAGAGUAUGUUUGUCUAGUUAGAAACUGAAGUUUACCAUUAACUAAAUGUUUCACUGGUAUUCAUGCUGAAUUAACAGGUAGCACGUGGGUAACUGAAUCCAACAAGGAACUGUUUGUCUGCUGAAUUCCAGGAAGUCAGAUAUCGAGGAGGAGGAGGGAACGUGCAUGUUUAAGGGGUAGACAGGUACUCAGCGCUGGUAAUGGGAUGUUUGGAGGGAGGAUGUACACAUUCAAAUCACUCCGAAUUCCUGCCCACAGACAGGAAUGCGGAGAGUUCCAAUGAACUGGCUCAUGAAGGGGAAACACAAGCACGCCGGCCCACGCUGAGACAAUAAUGGCACUGCCUUCCGGUCGCAGCCUCCUUCUGAUCGGGGCACUCGGCAUCUUUGCACUCGAAUGCUUCCCAAGAGCUCGGAGGAACAGCACGCUAAUUUUCACGAAGGAAAACACCAUCCGGAACUGCAGCUGCUCUGCGGACAUCCGGGACUGUGACUACAGUUUGGCCAACCUGAUGUGCAGCUGUAAAACCGUGUUACCUUUUGCGGUUGAGCAAACUAGCUACGAUGAUCAUCUGACCAUCUGGUUCACAGACACAACUGCACUGGGCCUCCUGUUGAACUUCACGCAGGUCAGGGACCUGAAGCUUUCUCUGUGCAGUGCGACCACUCUCCCCACUGAGUACCUGGCCAUUUGCGGUCUGAAGAGGCUUCGCAUCAACACGGAGGCCAAGCGUCCCUCCCCAGAGCAGAGUUUACUCAUCCACGAUGGUGGGGAGAGCGAAUCCAGUGAGAAGCCCGUGUUGCCACAUGAAGGCUGGCAAAACUGUAUGUAUAUUUCCUUCUUAGAUAUGGCACUUUUCAACAGGAACUCAUCCUUAAAAUCAUAUAGUAUUGAAAACUUUGCCAGCACGGCCAACAACUUCCCCUACUUUUCCUACUUUAAAACCUUCCCAAUUCUAAGCAACAAAAGCUAUAUUGUCACAUUCAUUUACUAACAUCGUAGCUGUGUCCGACCCCCGGGAACUCUGGCACACCAUGGAUCAUUUCAAUAAGGAAUCUGAACAAGGUCAUGGGUAUUCCUCUGGGCAACUUCACUCCUCCCCCAGCCCCCAUUCACACACAGCCAGCCCCCUCUGCCCCAUCCAUGCUCAUCCAUGGUUGCUGUUCUGAAAGACAAAAUAAAAAGAACCAAAAAACCUACUUGAUUCAGUCUGGAAACAUGUCUCGAGGGCCAGCUAGAAGGUAGGCCCUUGCUGCUAGGGAUGGGUAGAGAAAUGUUAGAUCAGAAUGGAGAUAGCAAAGCCCACCAGGGACUGCUUGGAGGUGCCCAGCAUAGAGGAUGACCCUCAAGAAAGUUAUCUUCCUGUGAAACACUGCAUCAGAUUUUUUUUUUUUUUUUGCUCCAUUUUGUCACACGGGCUGGAAUUCCCCUAAGUAGAGAAUGAUUGAUUUCCGAGGUUUUAAGGACUGUGAGCCCCACAAAAUGAUUAGGCUCUCUGAGACUGGUAUUUUCCGAACAUCUUGCUAAGAACAUUCUCACUGAGAGAGGGAGUCUUGUGUGUGUUUGGUGGGGGUGGUUUGAAGCUUGGAGGAAGAACAGGCCUGGAUAGGGUGGGACUUAGGACCACAUGAGGGCACUGGGGUCCUGAGGAGGGGGAAACAGAAAUGAAAAUUGAAAGCCACAAAACCCAAUUGCAUAGGGUGUUUUGCUUAAACCCAGAGGAAGUUUUCCUCUUGUGGUCCUCCUCUCAGUUUGCUUCUCUUUCCUGGCCUCCUUCUGUCAUUGGCCCUGCUGUACCACCUCCCUAUUUCUCCUCUCAUCAUUCUCAUCCUGUCCUUCUGCUCUAGAACUCAGAACUUAGAUUAAUACCAUUAGAGCUACAUUAAGGGCUAGCCUGCAAAUAUAAUAGCCACUGAUAGCAUUAUUCCCAUGAGUAAAUAUACUCCGAUUACUAAUAGAUACUUUUUUUUUAACUGAAGUACUGUCAGUUACAAUGUGUCAAUUCCUGGUGUACAGCACAAUGUCCCAGUCAUGCAUAUACAUACAUACAUUCAUUUUCAUAUUCUUUUUCUUUAAAGGUUAUUACAAGAUAUUGAACAUAUUUCCUUGUGCUACACAGAAGCAACUUUUUUUUUUCGAUUACUAAUAGAUAAUUAACAAGAGAGCUUUUAGGGCUCAGUCCACAUGGAAGUUUAAGACUGAAAAGUUAAGACACUUUGUACAACCAAGUUAACAAAAUAAUUUUAUGCGUGUUGAUACAAGGAACCAAGCCAACAUUUUUUUUCAAAUAAACUGGCUCAUCAUGGUACAAAGAAAAUUUUCCCUCACAGAGACACAGCUCACCAUUAAAGUGGAAUGUAAAGAAUCUGUGGUAGUUGUGGUAUAAAUGUCUAAAUUCAGAGUGCAAAGAAGUUGAAACAUUAUUGAAUUUAUGAUACCAUAAUGAUAAGAAAUAGUUUUAUUAUGAAAUAACAGGAUGUCUUGGGAUUGAUGACUCCAAAUCACAUUUAUCACAUUUUUCUUUUAAUUCUUAACAUAGGGUAACUGAAACAACCUGAAAUGUCUACAUUUGCUUAAUUGGUGGGGGAUUUGAUCAUUCAGGCUAAUUAGUAUGAGUCUAUAAUGUCAGUGUUUAAAUUAGGCCAAAACUAAGACCAAAGUAUGAAUUUUAAUAGAAAAAUAUAGUGACCUCAUUACUGACAUUGUAUUUGAGAGGUAAGAUUAAAAUAAUAGAAAAAGACAAAGAAGGAAAAAAAGAGGGAAAGAAAAAAAUAGUAAGAAGGAUAUAAGUGAAAAGAUUAAUAAUAAAUAUACUGCCAUUAGUUACUUAAAAUGUAACAAAUUGAAUUUUAAUGGAUUUUUAUAAAUAGAGUAUAAAAUUAAAUGACUUUAGAAAUUAUGAGCAUCUUAACGUGUGUAUCUUCCAUUUGGUGGCUUUUCAGAGUUUCAAAGCCCUAUCACAUGUUUUAAGUGCUUCUUCUAAGAAAUAAUUGUGGGUCACUGGGAUUUAAAUCAAUAGAAGAAGAAAGCUAAUUAAGUUAUAAAUCAAGCGUGAGGUUGCCAGAUUUCUGGGCUGAAAUGCAUUUCAGGUUGUGGUGGCAGAGGAUAAACAAGGAGCAGAGAAAAUCUACAGCCUAUACAUGGCGGAAAAAGGCAUGUGGUGCUCAGCCACAGGGUUGGGAGGACAGCAGGGAGUAGUGGGGAUGGUGGCAAACUGAGAGUGUACAUCCCCCCUGAAGGGGCCACAGCAGCUCAGGCCAGCUGAGUGUUGCAAGGGGAGAACACAGUGGGGCCAGAUCUGAUCCUUUAGGAGAAGAAGGAAUUCCAGGUAAUUUGUAAAUGUCAGCACACUCUCUCACUUUUUUAUUCAUUGCUUUAAAUAGCACUGUGUGGGUCAAACUAUGUCAGUGGUCUGCAGCUAAUCUGGGGCUAGCCGUUUGAUCAGUGAUGUGCUGGUGAAAGUUUAACCACCAGCUCUCCCCCAGAAAGUAUGUGUGUAUAUAAAUGUCCAUGAGUUUAUUAUAAAUUUUACUGAUAUAAAGGAUGUGUAGCACAUAAUUUACAAAUGAUAAUAAAAUAUAUAAUGAUCUUUUUUUUAUAAACUCUGUAUACAAUUAAUUCUCAAAUAAUGCAUUAGUUGAUUUUUGCCAAAUGCUUGUAUCCAAAGACAACCUAGGGUUACAAUUAAUGAGCAAGUAUAAUUCUGGCAUAAAUGUUGGUGGAUAUUUUCAUUUACGUGAGGAGUAAGAGGAAAUUUAAACAAUAAAGAUGUGUGUGGGAAUGUCACUUGCUAGUCAGUGCUGUAAACAACUACUUAGCUGAAUCAAAUAAUAGUUUUCAAAUACUGAAGGAAAUCUUCCUCACUUUUGGGGACUACUCACAAUGUAAGGGCUACAGACAUGAUAUAUAUUUUAAGUUCAGUUGCAUUGUUAACCUUUCUUUUCUAUCACACUGAACAAAACAAUAAAUCAAACCCUGACAUGUAGCGUUUUUUGAGACAUUUUUAAGACAUGUAUUUCUUAGCUUUAUCCACUGAGACAGCCAAGAAGCAAUGACACCCCUGUAGCAAAGAGCACACCAAUAUCUACAUUUUAGCUUCUCAAAACCAUUUCCCAUUAAAACAAACACCACCACAACAAAGAAAAUAGAGCCUUAAAGAAAGGACUGAUUCCAGGGGGCGAAGGCAGCAAAAAAUUUAAGGUGAGUAUGAAACAUCUUAAUGUGACAGAAAGUAAGAAAAGGUCAAUAAAUUGAUGGGGACAUUUUAAAAAAUACAGGAGUCAGCUUAGAGGAUUCCAUUAGCUACAGAAGGACCACCUGAACAUCAGUGCGAUCAAUUACAGGAGUGAUCAUAGCAUACUGAUUUGGAAAAGAUUCCAUGAGUCAGUACUGUCACAAGGAAGGAAGGAAGGGAGGAAGGAAGGGAGGAAGGUGAAAAGAAAGAGGGAGGGAGGAAGGAAAGGAAGAGGGAGGGAGGAAGAGAGAAAAAGGAAUGAAGUGGGAAUGGGAAGGGAAAGUACUGCUUUUCAGAAGAAUGGCAACUAAUACAUAUAGAAGGAAUAUUAGAAACCAAAAUCAGCAUUUUGCAAACACCACAGUAAUGAUGAAUUUUGAAAAGAAUCAUUAGUAGAUGCUAAAAUGAUUGGAUGAAAUAUUGUCUAAAAGUAUCAUGAUCCUUCAGAUUACUUAUUCAUUAAAAAUUGUACCUUUAUGAUGGAGAAAGGUCCGUAAGUGAGUGACUCAACUUAAGGGAACAAAUUGGCAUCGCAGGCUGCCUGAUGAGAAGGCACUCAUUCCUUGUGUAGUAUUUUUCCCAAAAAUGUUAAGACUGAAUCUAAUCCAAACCCAAAUUGAGGGACACUCUGCAAAAACAAAAACAACAAACAUUCCCCCACUGCAAAAAAAAAAAAAAAAAAAAAAAAAAAAAGACCUGGCCUGGACUCUUAAAAAAUGUCAUGGAAGUUUUAAAAAAGGAAUGGGCUGUUCUAGAAUGAAGGACACUAAAUAGCCAUGACAACUAAAUGUAACGUGCGAUCAUCGUUGGACCCUAGUUAGGGGAAAAACCAACAGCUAUAAAAGGCAGGAGAAGACAGAUGUCCCAGCUCAAGCAAAGAGAGUAAACUUUCGCCUUCUUUGCCUUUUUCUUCUAUUCAGGCCUUCAAAGGAUUGGAUGAUGCCCAUUUGCAUUGGUGAGGGUGAUCUUACUUCUACUGGAGACACUCUCACAGAUACACCCAGAAAUAAUGUUUUGCCAGCUAUCUGGCCAUCCCUUAGCCCAGUCAAGUUGACACAUGAAAUUAACUAUCACAGACAAAAAAAGGCAAAUCCAUAGAAUAAGUAAUCACUUUAUCUAGUGAGAACAAAUUGCGCCCCCUUCAUGAUGGAAAGGGUCUAGUACAAUGAAACUAGCUGGUCCUCCCAGGGAGUGUUCCAUAUUGGGGGAUCAACACUGCCUCUGCUGCUGACAGGCUGAGCACUAACCAGAUCAGAAGUCCAUGUUGAAUCUAUCCUUCAUCCCUGAUACCAUGGUUACUUUGUUUACAAGCCCAUUGUGUAAGCACUGGCAUAGGCAGGGAAAGAGGUAGACUGGUAUCUAUAGAAUGAGUCAUCUCACCCAUCUGCUUAUUGAGAGCAUCCUUUUUGGUGGGAGCACUUCGGAGUAUUCACAUAGACACAAAUACCCCCUUAUUCCAAGUCCCCAGUCAUCCACCCCAGCCUUUCUCAUUCUGGGUUCUAUGAGAGAAGUAAACCAUAUAGAAAAUUAUCUGAAUGACUAUUUUCUCAAUUCUCCCAAGAUGGAACAUACUUAGAUGCAUACAAGAUAAGUUAAUUUAGUACAUCAAAUGGAUGCCUUUAGGCAUUAUGGCUAAUUCUCUCUAGGAAUCCCAGUUGAGAAGUGGUGAUCAAGCCAAGCCAUCAGUUACUAUUAAUGAGUCAGGAUAGACUUGCACUUCUCACCAUGUUCUUUCCAGGUAAAGCAGACAACCAGAUGAACUGCUCGGUAUUCUGAUACUGGGAGGAUUCCCCUUCACCACCUCCCUCAUGUCCACUUCUGACUGGGGCUAUAAUGCUACAGAGCCCACUUUAGAUGAUGCCAGCACAACAUGUGGAAAUAUACGUGUCCUAGACUUGAAUUUUUUUCUUCCUUAAUCAGUUGGUCAUAGGGAAUUUCUCAAGAGGUCACAAGUAUAGUUCCAGGGACAGACAGCAAUGCAUAAAGAGCGAGAGCAGAAAAGCACAGGGAGCAAGUAGGUGUUCUCCCAACUUGCUCGUGUCUCGGAGACUGCUAGCAUCCAGUCACCUAUAUACUAUGUCCACUCUGUUUUGCUUGCCCAACAUUAUAUUUUUAGUAGAUCAGAUAACUUCCAUUUAUUUGGGGCAGCUAAGAUCACAUGGUCCCUUGGUGUCCCAUGGUUAGGCAUUCAGUCUCUGUUAGGACUUACAUCAAGCCAGGAGCAAUUUCUCAAAAGGAAACAACUCAUUUGUCAUUUAAUUGAAUUCCACUUCACCUUACUACUUGAUCCAUAUUGGCCACGGACCUAAGAGCAUCCUUAUUAUAAGAGUAUUUAAAGCCAUAGGGCUUAAUUUGGUCCCUAAAAAGAGAGUGAAAAAGAGGACCCAGGGUCAAACAACAAAGCACCUGAAUACUUAGGGAUCACUUAGAGGAGAUCCAAUAAGGGGGUUGACAAGAUUUGUGAAGAAGGAAAUAACAUAAGCUUAGGGUGUUUUUGAAGCAAUGGUGUUCUGGUAAAUAUUUAAUAACUGGUAAAUACUUAAUCUCCAGGAAAAAGAGAUCUAAUCUGAGGCUUUUGCUGAUUUCCAUGAUGUAAAUACUCCCACCAUGGCCAAUUUCAAGCUACAAGGUGGCAUCACUGAACCUGAAGUUGAGAGGAGAGUGGACAAUUAGCUCUUGUAAGCCAAAAGGGCCAGCUCCAGCACACCCUUCAGAGGAGAGUGUUUCAAGUAGGAGACUGGAGUCAGUUGGGCUGAGGGCUGUAUAUGGGUCAAAUAAGAUGAACACAGAAGAGUCCACUGAAUGUGCAAGAGGUAGGUCAUUGAUGACUUCCAUAACAGGAGUGUUGGUGAAGUAGUGAGGACAGAAGUCAGAUUGGAGAGGUUUGAGGAAUGAAUGGGACAGGAGGAAGGGCUGGCAGGGAGUGGAGACAAAUGUGUGAAGCCUGGCUAUGAAGGAGACCAGAGAAAAGGAGCAGUGGCUGAAAAGAGAUGUUAAAAGAAGUUUUAGGACGGAACAUACUAAAAUAGGUAUACAUGCUGCUGGGAACGACACAGUGGAAAGUGUUGAUGAGGCAGAAGACAGGGUGGACAGAUUUCAAAACUGUAGAAUAGAUAAACAAUAUUACACUGUAUAGCACAGGGAAAUAUACACAAAAUGUUAUGAUAACUCACAGAGAAAAAAAUGUGACAAUGAGUGUGUAUAUGUCCAUGAAUGACUGAAAAAUUGUGCUGAACACUGGAAUUUGACACAACAUUGUAAAAUGAUUGUAAAUCAAUAAAAAAUGUUAAAAAAAAAAAAGAAGAA